UCUAUGGAGGUUAAACGUCAUUCGUCGGUUUAUGAAAGCCAACUCAUCGCAAUAACAAAUGUCUUUAUCUACAAGUUUCUCAAGUAAUUAUUGAACAUUUUCGAAUGAGUUAAUGUAUUUGUGGUUAUAUUAAGUAGUUUACUACAUUUUAACAUGGAAUUAAAGUUAUUAACUGUAGGACUUUUAAAUUUAUUAUCAUUCGUUAACUGUAUCAUGUGGACACAAGAGCCAAAUUCGCAAAAAUGUUUAAAAGAGGAACUUCAUCAAAAUGUUUUGGUCCUUGGCGAGUUUGAGGUUUCUGAAGCACCUGGUCAGAAGGUUGACUAUGUGGUUAAAGACUCUAGGGGCCACGUACUAGCGCAAAGGACAGAUAUUGCCAAGGGGAAGUUUUCGUUUGUAACUGAAAAUUAUGAUAGUUUUGAGAUUUGUUUUAUCUCACGAAUCCCUUCCCAUCAACGGGGUAUUUCUCAAGAAGUUACAUUAAAUAUCAAACAUGGGGUUGAAGCGAAAAGCUACGAAGGGAUAGGAGAAGCAGCAAAAUUAAAACCAAUUGAAGUAGAGUUAAAAAGAUUAGAAGAUUUAUCAGAUGCUAUUGUACAAGAUUUUUCAUAUAUGAGGAAAAGAGAAGAGGAAAUGCGAGAUACCAAUGAAUCCACCAACAGCAGAGUUUUAUACUUCUCCAUUUUUUCAAUGUUUUGUCUUUUGGGGCUUGCAACAUGGCAAGUACUUUAUCUGAGGAGGUACUUCAAAGCAAAGAAACUUAUUGAAUAGUCUUAGCUGUUUUUUGUAUUUAUUUAUAAAAUAAAUUUAUUUCUUAAA